GGGGUCGCCAGGACGCGGACGGGUCGGAAUGGGGGGCUUCGCAACCAGUGAGGCUGCUGCCGUCCCCCUCCCCGCCCCGGCUGCAAGGCUUUGCCUUGUAACUUGGCGGUGACACCAGGGUUGGAGGGCUUCCGCCGAAAGCCAUUCAAUGGGACACCCGGAAGGCGGAAGUCCCGGGACGGAAGUGGUCGGGAGGAGACGAGAAUGGCGGCGGCAGGCAGGAUUUGGCGCUGGGGCUGGGGCCGGCGGUGCCCGGGGCGGCCUGGGCUUCCCGGCCCCGGCCCCACCACACUAGUGUCCCUCCUGUUGUUGCUGGGCGCGGUGGCUGCGGAUAUAACAGACGGCAACAGUGAGCACCUCAAGCGGGAACAUUCGCUCAUCAAACCCUACCAAGGUGUCGGCUCCAGCUCCAUGCCCCUCUGGGACUUCCAGGGCAGCACGAUGCUGACGAGCCAGUACGUGCGUCUGACGCCGGACGAGCGCAGCAAGGAGGGCUCCAUCUGGAACCACCAGCCGUGCUUCCUCAAGGACUGGGAGAUGCAUGUCCACUUCAAAGUCCAUGGCGCGGGCAAGAAGAAUCUCCAUGGAGACGGCAUUGCCUUGUGGUACACCCGGGACCGCCUGGUGCCAGGGCCUGUGUUUGGAAGCAAAGAUAACUUCCAUGGCUUGGCCAUCUUCCUGGACACAUAUCCCAACGAUGAGACUACUGAGCGCGUGUUCCCGUACAUCUCGGUGAUGGUGAACAAUGGCUCCCUGUCCUACGACCAUAGCAAGGACGGGCGCUGGACUGAGCUGGCGGGCUGCACGGCCGACUUCCGCAACCGGGAUCAUGACACCUUCUUAGCCGUGCGCUACUCUCGGGGCCGUCUGACGGUGAUGACGGACUUGGAAGACAAGAAUGAGUGGAAGAAUUGUAUCGACAUCACAGGGGUGCGCCUGCCCACCGGCUACUACUUUGGGGCCUCUGCUGGCACCGGCGAUCUGUCCGACAAUCAUGACAUCAUCUCCAUGAAGCUGUUCCAGCUGAUGGUGGAACACACACCCGACGAGGACAACAUUGACUGGACCAAGAUCGAGCCCAGUGUCAAUUUCCUAAAGUCGCCCAAAGACAACGUGGAUGACCCCACGGGGAACUUCCGCAGCGGGCCGCUGACGGGCUGGCGAGUCUUCCUGCUGCUGCUGUGUGCGCUGCUGGGCAUCAUCGUGUGCGCCGUGGUGGGGGCCGUGGUGUUCCAGAAGCGGCAGGAGCGGAACAAGCGCUUUUACUGAAGCCGGUGCGCAGCCGGGAGGGGCCCGACCGGGCCGGCACUAAUGUGAACUUUUUUUUUUUUUUUUACUGGGAUUGUAAAAGAAAAACAAGACGACCUUAUUUCUUAACCGUU